UUUCAGUAAAAUCGGAACGAUAAAAUACUGGGCAGAACUACUAUUUCGGAAUAUCGGAACAAGCUCAUAUUAUAUCAUAUAUAUUCAAUUUGUGUCCCAUGACUCCCAUGAGUCCCAUGUCAUCCCUUAACAAAAAAUUAAAAUAAAAGGAACUGAUCAAUGUAUGUGAUAUGCCUUUAGUGAAAACUUCUAAAUCAGCCAAAGAGAAAACUAAUAAGGAUAUAGUCACUAUGGGCGAUUUUGGAAAAGAAGCAAAAUCUUACCUACAAAGAAUACUGGGAGACAUUAGUAAAACCUCAGCUUCAAAACAAAUAGUGUUAGGAGCAUCUUCUGGAUGGGUAACAGGAUUCUUAGCAAUGAGAGUUGGGAAAACAGCUGCUCUUGCAUUAGGGGGAGGAAUUAUUUUACUUCAAGUCGCCAAUGAAAAGGGAUACAUCAAAAUAAAUUGGGAUAAAGUCAAUAAGAAUUUGGACAAAGUCACAGAUAAAGUAGAGGAGAAAAUUACUGGCCAAGGACCUACAUGGAUGGAUAAGGCAGAGAAAUAUGUUGAUAGAAAACUUAAUCAAGCAGAAGAUAAUAUCAAGAAAGGUCACACCAAAGCUAAGAAAUGGUAUUCAGGCAUUAUGGGAGAUGAAUGUCAACUGAAAGAAGUUCAUAUUUUCAUCAUAUCCUUUGUUGCUGGGGUAGCAAUUGGCAUUGGGACUUCAUAAAUUGAUUUUAGAAUAAACCAAAAUCUAAUGUAGAAAACCUUAAUCAUAAUGUUGUGCUUAUAAUUUGUAGGUGACUCCAAUCUUAGCUUCUGAUCCUCAAAAAUGGUUAAUAUUCUCACUCCUAUCUUCAGUAUUUUGUAAUUAUUUAAAAAUUUAGUACUUAGUGAUUUUUUGUAUGUAAGUAUAGAAGCGAAUUCUUGGAGCAAUAUCUCAUACUAUACCUACUGAUGGUAUUAGUGAUGUUGAAGUAAACUAUUGAUUGUUCCAAAUCUUUUAUAAUCAGUAGGUAUUGAAUUAUAUUAUUGAUACUGGUUUA